GGAUCCAGGCGCGGAGCCGGCGGCUGCGGAGAAACCGGGAGCGAGCCCGGGAGGCAGUUAUUGGGUCCAUCAGCACUGCAGAAAUGGCAGAUUUUGGGAUCUCAGCUGGUCAUUUUGUGGCAGUGGUCUGGGAUUUGUCAUCCCCAGUGGAAGCCCUAAAAGAUCUGGUGGAUAAGCUGCAAGUGUUAACUGGCAGUGAGGGCCGAGUAUCUGUGGAAAACAUCGACCAGUUGUUGCAGUCUGCCCAUAAAGAAUCUAGCUUUGACGUUAUUUUGUCGGGUGUAGUCCCAGGAAGCAGCACUGUGCACAGUGCUGAGAUACUGGCAGAGAUGGCCCGCAUCCUUCGACCUGGUGGAUGUCUUUUUCUGAAAGAGCCAGUAGAGACAGCUGUAGUUAACAAUAGCAAAGUGAAGACAGCAUCCAAACUGUGUUCAGCCCUGACUCUUUCUGGUCUUGUGGAAGUGAAAGAGCUACAGAGGGAGCCCUUAAGCCCUGAGGAGAUACAGUCUGUCCGGGACCACCUGGGACUUGAAAGUGUCAGCCUGCUGUCUGUUCAGAUCACAGGCAAAAAACCAAACUUUGAAGUAGGUUCUUCUAGUCAGCUUAAGCUUUCUAUUACCAAGAAAUCAUCUCCUGCAGUGAAGCCUGCUGUGGACCCUGCUACUGCCAAGCUCUGGACCCUCUCAGCCAAUGACAUGGAGGACGACGGCAUGGAUCUCAUUGACUCAGAUGAGCUGCUGGAUCCAGAAGAUUUGAAGAAACCUGAUCCAGCUUCCUUGCGAGCUCCUUCGUGUGGGGAAGGGAAAAAGAGGAAAGCCUGCAAGAACUGCACCUGUGGCCUUGCAGAAGAACUGGAAAAAGAGAAGUCAAGGGAACAGAGGAAUGUUCAACCCAAGUCAGCUUGUGGAAACUGCUACCUGGGCGAUGCUUUCCGCUGUGCCAGCUGCCCCUACCUUGGGAUGCCAGCCUUCAAACCUGGGGAACAGGUGCUUCUGAGCAACAGCAAUCUUCAAGAUGCCUAGGAAGGACUCAAUAUGGGACACAUCUCCUCUGGCCAACUCCUGUCCCUAAAGUUCCACCACCUACCGCCUCUGGAUUUGUUCACUCUCCUUAAGAUCUGUUUGCUGGGGGGAGGGGUGCUCAUGGGCCAGAGUGAAGCUGGCUGUGAGGUGCAGUGCUGCUAUAUAUCCAAAGAUCAAGGCCAGUGAGCUUCAGUUAUCUGGAGUGGAGGGGACCAGUCCCUGUACCCAGUGCUACCAGAAGGGAGUGUGCCCUUCUGAUGUUAAAAUGCUGACCGGCACUCUUUGACAAAGCUCCAGGCCCUGCCCCAUUCUAAGCUCAGCAGUGCUGCCACCUACUUGUCAUCUAGAGUUGGUGGUCUACUCAAUAUGCAGUUCUUGGUGACAGAAGUCAAGUGUCUCAAGACCUCAGGGCACCAGAGGAGUCAGGCCCUGGCUGCUGUGAUCCUGUUCCUCAAACCUCUGCCCUUUCCACCCCUCCCCCAUUUGACUGUAGCACUGCAUCUGUGUCCUGUUGUCAUUUCUGUUGAUCUACAAGUAUUAAACUUGUGUCCUUCUGCAUA